UCAAUCAAUCAACCCUAUCUUCAUCUUCUUCUUCUGCAUCGAUCAUCGUUUUAUCCGAAUCAAAUUUCCCCCAAAUCUUCGAUCACCAUGUCCGAAGAACUGGCGCCUGAGCAAAUUAAACUCAUCCACAAACUUAACGUGUUCAAGAUCAAAGGCAGAGACAAGCGCGGUCGCAAGAUCUUGAGAAUUAUAGGAAAAAACUUUCCUGCGAAGAGUCUGAACGUUGACCUGUUGAAAAAGUAUCUGGAAGUGAAGGUUUUCCCCAAACUCGAGAGGCCUUUUGUCGUGGUUUACAUCCACACCGAUGUUGAUAAGAGCGAGAAUUUCCCCGGAAUAUCUGCUCUCCGAUCUGCUUACGAAGCGAUUCCGAUCAACGUCAAACAAUAUCUGGAAGCGGUUUACUUUGUUCACCCGGAUCUACAAUCCAGACUUUUUCUCGCCACAUUCGGCCGAUUCAUCUUCACCGGAGGGUUGUAUGCGAAGCUGAAAUACGUGAGCAGAUUAGGGUAUCUGUGGGAGCAUGUGAGAAGAAACGAUAUCGAGAUCCCGGAGUUCGUGUAUGAUCACGAUGAGGAUCUGGAGUUCCGUCCGAUGAUGGAUUAUGGUUUAGAGAGUGACCACCCAAGAGUUUUCGGUGCGCCCGCGGUUGAUUCCUCUGUGGCGUCUUAUUCCAUGAGGUGUAUUUCAUAGAAUCAAAACAAUAGUAUUAAGAUUAAGAAAAAAAAUACAAUGAAUGUGUUUGUAGUAAAAUUUGGGAGUGCGAGUGCGAGUUUUUCUUUUUCUUUUUUGCUUGCUAAGCGUUCUGUUUGUAAAUUUGGUUGAUAUAAUAGGAAUGAAAAAAAUAGAGCGAGAUAUUUAAUA